UGUAGCUCCGCCCACCGCCUGGGAGUGAUUGAACACCUACAGGAGCUUCUGUUUACACUCUGUGUCAUAGCUGUGUUUUCCUCUACAAAUUCCCACAGCCAAUUCCUCCCCUCAUUAUGGGGGACAAGGCAGGCACCCGGGUAUUCAAGAAGUCCAGUCCUAACUGCAAGCUUACAGUAUACCUGGGGAAAAGGGAUUUUGUGGAUCAUCUUGAUCAUGUAGACCCUGUUGAUGGUGUGAUCCUGAUCGAACCCGAAUAUCUCAAAGAAAGAAAAGUGUUUGUGACUUUAACCUGUGCUUUCCGGUAUGGCCGCGAGGACCUUGAUGUUUUAGGGCUCUCCUUCCGGAAAGACCUUUACAUCUUCACUUUUCAAGCCUAUCCUCCUAUUCCAGAGGAAUCCAAGCCCCACAGCCGUCUACAGGAGAGACUUUUGAAGAAACUGGGCCAAAAUGCCUAUCCUUUCCAUUUCACUAUACCUCAAAACUUGCCAUGUUCAGUUACCCUGCAGCCCGGGCCUGAGGACACAGGAAAGGCCUGUGGGGUGGAUUUUGAGAUCAGGGCUUUCUGUGCCAAAUCGAUGGAAGACAAGAAUCACAAAAGGAAUUCAGUGCGACUAGUGAUUCGUAAAGUCCAGUACGCCCCUGAGAAAACCGGCCCACAGCCGAUGGUGGAGACUACGAGGAGUUUCCUCAUGUCAGACCGGUCUUUACACCUAGAGGCUUCGUUAGAUAAAGAGCUGUAUUACCAUGGAGAACCCAUCAGUGUUAACGUCCAUGUUACCAAUAAUUCAACCAAGACUGUCAAGAGGGUUAAAAUAUCAGUACGACAGUAUGCUGAUAUCUGUCUCUUCAGUACAGCACAGUACAAAUGUCCAGUGGCUCAUAUAGAGGCAGAUGAUCAAGUGGCAUCCAGCUCUACAUUCUGUAAAGUGUACACACUCACACCCACUCUCAACAACAAUCGAGAGAAGAGAGGGUUGGCGCUGGAUGGAAAACUCAAACACGAGGACACCAACCUGGCGUCCAGUACUAUAGUGAAGGAUGUGAGUAAUAAGGAAGUUCUGGGUGUCCUGGUGUCCUAUCGGGUCAAAGUCAAACUGGUGGUCUCCCGUGGAGGGCUUUUAAGCAGCUUGCUGGAGAGGGAUGUUUCCGUGGAACUGCCUUUUGUCUUAAUGCAUCCAAAACCUACAGACUACACCCCUUUCCAGUCAAACUCUGCUGCUCCAAUGUUGGAUCCACCGAUUGACACCAACUUGAUAGUGUUUGACACAAACAGUUUAACCCCAGAUGACGACAUCGUAUUUGAGGACUUUGCUCGCUUGCGGUUAAAGGGAAUAAUCGACAAGGAGGAGGACUGCUGAAUUUUUAUCAUCUCAUUCACCAAGUAUCUCUGGUCUCCCUAAGGGUGUAACAUAUAAAUAAUUAUUUUAAUCUCAUAGCGAUUCAAGCAGUAUUUGGACAUUUAAUUGGAGGGGAAGAAAGGUUAAUGACUUAUUAAUAUAACUGUCUAAAGCUAAGGAGGGGAUUCCAGGGAAUGUCAUACCUUUUUGAAUAGGCAUGUGAUAAUUAUACUCUAUUGUGCCAACUGUUAUGUUAUGAACAGCAAGCCAAUCUGUAAAGAUGGCUAAAUUGCUCCAUAUUUAUUCCUUUCACAAAAGACCGUCUUGAUUUUUCCUGUGAUCUGUGUACAAUAAUAACCCCCUGCGCAUUACACAAAGAUGGACACGGGCCAUGCAUGUCUCUCUGUGCUGCUGUGAGGAUCAUAUGCGAUUGAGCAAAUAUUGUCUUUCUGCAGGUUGUACAUAUAUGAAAGCGCUGCUUUUAAUUUGUUGGGCUACUGCAUUUAGUAAAAAAAAGAAACAGGUAAUGGAUGUAUAGAGAUUUAACAUCCCUCAGGAGUAAGGAAAUUUGUUGUUUUAACAGUUUUCAUAAUCACAGGAGACACUGUUUGCCAUUUUCUUUUAAAUCUGUUUUUUAUUUAAUUUUUUUUAAUAAAACAAAUAAAA